AUGAGAUCCGGCGCAAGUGUCCUUGCAGACGAGCGUCUCCAACGGAAGGAACCCGUUCCCAACACUCGAUGUUGGAGAUUAGAUCAGGGUGGCGGGUGCAAGGAGGCUGGUAGAGGCGCGGUGGGCGGUGGCGCGGGGCAGGUGACCGACGGUUUGCCCGGCUCAUGUGGGCGGCGAGCGCGUGCUGCUCGCGCCAGGCAGGUCGUACCACCUCGGGGAGAAUGA